UCACGGACCCGACUUUUUCAAUAUUGUGUGUAAUCAUACCCGCUGAUCUGAGUUAGCUCAACUCAAAUUGUACAAAUAUCAAAUUCAGCCUUCUCAAUGUAAUUCAUUGCGUGAGAUUGCGUGAACGGAUUUGAUUAACUACAAUUUGUUCAGUUGAACUUAAUUGAGUGCGCUAUCAUCUCAUGCGUUGACGUUGUGCAUUCUAUUUUCGUACGGUGGCAGCCAUUCAACUUUAAUUAUACAUCGACAUUCUCAUCACCCCAAUCGAAAAUUCGGGCGGUCAAUUUAAGUUCCCCCACGUUUACAGUGCGGCACUUUUUAAUUGAGGAAUUCUUUGCUUGAUGGUUUUGAUACCGGUUAGAACUGCAUUUUAUGCUUUAUCGUCAUAUUGACGUCCAAUUUUUAAAAGAAAGGUCAAUUUUGUUUAUAGAUGUAAACACGCAGUUGUGGAAAAGUAAGGUGAAAUGUCGACCGAGAAUGUGGCUAUGCAAGAGUUUCCCAAAUGGAAACCGAAGGCCGCCAAGGUACAAAUGGGCGAACAGGAUUAUGACCCUCACAGUCACAGGAAUGUAGCCCACCCAACAACAAACACCGACACGCUGAUUCAUCUUCUCAAGGGAAGCUUGGGCACGGGAAUCUUAGCGAUGCCUGAAGCUUUCAAGAACGCCGGCAUGGUGAACGGUUUCAUAUUCACCAUCCUAAUCGGAAUCCUGUGCACUUACGAGCUUCACAUGUUGGUUCAAGCCCAGUACAUCUUGUGCAAAAGGAUGAGGGUCCCUCUGCUCACCUACCCCGAGUCGAUGAAGGCCGCCCUCUUGAGCGGCCCAAAAUUCCUACACCCAUUCGCGAAUCUAUCCCCGUACCUGGUGGACGCGUUCCUAAUAUUAUAUCAGUUGGGAAUUUGUUGCGUGUAUGUUAUGUUUGUCGCGGCAAAUCUGAAGGAGUUGUGCGACGUUUAUCGCUCGAAACCGAUGGCAAUAGAGCUGUACACUUUAAUACUCUUGGCACCUUUUGUGCUCAUCCUUUCGGUGCCCAACCUAAAAUGGCUUUCUCCAUUUUCACUGGUUUCUAAUCUGAUGACGUUCGCGUGUUUUGGCAUCGUUUUGUAUUAUAUAUUUUCCGACAUUCAACCCAUAGAAGAUCGACCUUUGGUUGGUACGCUGUAUAAGUUUCCCCUAUUUUUUGGGACGACCCUAUUCGCCCUGGAGGCUGUUGGUGUGGUAAUCGCGUUGGAGAACAACAUGAAAACACCCAAGAGCUUUGGAGGCAGUUUUGGCGUGCUGAAUGUUGCCAUGUUCUUCAUCGUCCUGUCCUACGUUGGUAUCGGAUUGUUUGGAUAUUGGAGAUACGGGAAUGGUACUAAAUCGAGUAUCACCCUCAAUCUACCUCCCGAUCAUAUACUGUCCAAGGUGGUGCAAGGGUUGUACUCGCUGGCAAUCUUCAUUUCAUAUGGCUUGCAAGGCUUUGUACCGAUUAACAUAAUGUGGAAUACUUAUCUGGCACACUACUUCAUCAACUUUAAACGGCCAUGGGUAUGUGAAUACUUGCUUAGGGUUGUCACCGUUCUUGUCACAUUUGUACUGGCGUUGUUUGUUCCAAUGCUUGGACAUUUCAUUUCACUGUUCGGCGCCUUUUGCCUAUCGGCUCUUGGCAUUGCGUUUCCCGCUAUAAUGGAAAUAUGCGUCUUGUGGCCCGAUCGUCUCGGAUACAGGAGAUGGGUGCUGUAUAAGGAUCUUGUACUGAUUUUGAUUGGAAUUUUAGGUUUACUGUCCGGCAGCUACAGCUGCAUAUCGGAGAUAGUCAGGGAACUUUCACUGCCGAGUUCAUCAAAUCAUUCCGUUAACGUGGAGAUACAACAUCUCUAAAUGACCUUUAUUUGUAUAAGAUUAAAUUUGGAAUACAUGAUGCAAUUAUUGAAUUAUUAAUAGUAUAUAGAAA